AUAUUUUUAGUUGCUUACCUUAAAAUACAAUAUUCAUAUUACAAUCUAGGAGCAUAGUGUGCCUUGGUGUGUAUUAAAGUACUUUGACGAUUGAUAAAUAUAUUGUUUGCAUUCUCAUUGCUACCAAAUCACUCGUGACUAAAUAAUAUAUAGUAUUUUUAAAUCAUCAUUACCCAUAUACCAUAUUAAAAACCAUGAAAGUCAAACGAAACUUUACUACUGGUAUUUUAUUAACAAUUGCCACACUUAUGACGACUACCGAUUGUGUUGAUAAAAAAGGUGGUCCAGGCAGAUUAAGCAGGGCAAGAGAUUCGAUCAUGAGUGUCUUUACUAUGAGUCCAAAUACUUUUCUAAAUUGGAAAACAAAUUCAUUUGCAAGAAACUUUAACAAAGCCAUUGGAUUUGCACCUAUUGUUAAAGAAAAUAACAUUGAGGAACUAUUGAAGUUAAUAUCAGACGAGGCUGAUCUAAUUAAAAUUGGAGCAUUUAGAAAACUUAACAAGCUGUCCGGUACUGCUACAACUGAGGAGAAAAAAAAAAAAUUAGUUCUUGCAAAACUUCAAGCCACCAUUGAAUUGGUAAAAUAUUAUGGUACUACAUGGAAUUGUCCUAAGGUAAAAUGGACACUUGCCCAAGGGAUGUACUAUGCACACAGCUGUGUAAAAUUAUUUGGAGAAGAUAAACAGGGUGAAUGUCUCAGAAAGAAAAUUCAGUUGUUCACCGCAUUUAUGUUCACUUAUAAGUUAGAAAUCAAUCGAUUUACGAAAUUUUUUUUGAACAGAAUGAAUGCACAAGCCAAUAAAUACCUUCCAGGAGAUAAAACGUUAAAAUUUAUCAAUACGAAAACAGCGUGCGAAAUGAAAUUUUUCCAAGAUAAUAAAAACAUUUUUUUAAGAACAGCAAUGAAACUGUACAUGGGUUCUUCUAAUAAGAAUAAGAAUUAUAAUUGUGUUAAUGAAUUAUUGCCAUUUGAAGAUGAUGCAAAGGAAGUUGGUUCAUACCCUGGUGAAAUUCAUUAUUUAAUAGCCAAAGCAUAUGGUUACCAAAAUAAUUAUUCAAAGGCUUUAGAACAUCUUCGUAAGGCACGUAAAACAGACGUUGUAGACGCAAAGACUCGUGAAACCAAUAAAAAAGUACAAGCUUAUUAUGAAAAAAUAUACACUCGUAUAAAUGCAAUUGGCAAUAGCAAAUAAGCAAUUGUAAAAAAUUACGGAUACAACUCUAAUACUUAUUUUAGUUUUGUUUGUAUUAAAAAAAAAAACACACACAGGUUUAAAAUACAAUUAUUUAUUACGUUUUAUGUAUUUCAAUAAAGUCCUCUAAAAUUUAAAAUUUUUUUAGUUUUUUUUUGCUAUGAAUUUAAAUUAACUUAAUACAAGGCUCCUGAUAUAUAUUGUUUUUUUUUUUUUUAUUAUUAUUUUAAGCCUCUAGUAUCUUUAUCUUUAUAUAUUAUUAAAACGUGAGGCGAUUUCUUGGGACAGUUAUAUCUGAAGUUCUACCGGGCCGAAUUUCACAAUUUUUUUUUUAAACGAAAGUACUCGGUGUGUAGAUAAGCCAUCAAAAGGAAUCAAAUUGUUUUGUUUUUGGUAGAAUAUUUACAGUUUUCCGGUGUAUAAAUAUCUUGCGUAUACCUAUCUAUAAAUGUAAUUAAAUCUUAAGGGGAUUCGAUACCGUGAUUUUCUGUUUUUGUCUAACACACGCGCGACAUAGUAUUUUAGACGUGUUUUUUGCCAAACAUUCAAAUUGAUCUAUUGAAGCGAUAAGAAUUCUGAAAACAGAUUUGAAUUUGUCAUCAAGUCUACUUAAAAACGACUUUCCCAUAAUUUUGAUUUUUUUAUUUUAGCUUCUCCAAAAAUUGAAAUACAAAAAUGUUUAAAUACUCUUUUUUAAUAUGACGUUUUCUGGAAUUUGGAGGAUAAUAUCAAAAAUGUGGCAAAGUCGAUUUCAAGUAGACUUGACGACGAAUUCAAAUCUGUUUUCAGAAUUCUUAUCGCUUCAAUAGAUCAAUUUGAAUGUUUGGCAAAAAA